AUCGAGCCGCGCGCGGGAUCCCAUAGCCUUGUACUGCCCUGCUUCACUACUUAAGCGACUUCUACUCAUACUCGCCGCCUUGCCAUCCAGUUCGGAGCUGCUCUGGACUGCUCCUUCCACGUGCCGCUACACUGCCCAAGCCCGUGAUGUACGAAAACUCGCAUAUGCGGCUGUAGUUCUCCUUGCAGCGCGACUGUUUCCUUACGGGAUUGGUUCAAUGUUAACCCCUUCCCUUCGCCCUCAACCUCGCUCAACCCUUCGCUCCUCCCUCCACUCCUUCACCUUCACCAUCAGGCACACCUACGCCUUGAAGGGCGCCGCCAGCGCAACGUCCACCGUGGACGGCACGGCGCCCCUGGCCUUGCCGAUGUCCGGCAGGUUCGGCGGUACUAGGCCAGCGGCUGCUGCGUCCAGUGCAUGAAGCACAGGGCAUUCUGCACGGCCUGGUACUGCUGGACGCAGCCCCGGAAGAUGAGGCGGCUGGGCCCAUCGAACACGUCCGUCCAAUGCGCCGCGAGGACUGCCGCAGUAGCAAAGGGGGCAUGCAAGGCCACGUGGAGGAGGAGAGCGCGGCGCCGCCCGAGAAGCCCGGUCCGCAGGUUGCGACCUGCCGGUGUCCGGCUUGCGGUCUGUGCUAGCGAGCAUAGCGUGGCGCGGGGGGGGGGGGGGCAAGGAUGUGUUACUGUUUGGUUUGUUGCCUGCCGUGCUUGUGCUUGACAGCGGUCAGCGGGACGCGGCUGGGCACAUGGUGGGCGGUGCCUGUACGAACCGACCCCAGGUACGUAUGUAUAAAGGUCGAUUUGUGGGGCAUGCACCAGCUGUUUGUUGGGCAGUGAUAUGCAUACCUAGUUCCGGCAAGCUAUGUGCUGAUGGCGCGUGUGUGUGUGGGGGGGGGGGGUUGUUGUUGUAAAGAUUGAUGAACCGUACACCCGCUGAUGCGUGCACAUGGUCGUCCGGCUACGUCUGGUGCGCGAAAAUGGUGAAUGUACGUAGGAAGGUGCAGGCUGGGGGCAGAUUGAACUGGGCCAGAUAGGGCCAGAGGGUACGAUAUAUCGUACUGUAGGCAGGGAGUCAGGGACAGAUGGCAGGGUGGCGGCUCAAUCAAAUGAGCAAGGUCUUACCACAUUUGAAAGGCUGUCCCUGUCAUUUACGCUCGAGUCGCGUCCUGAUUGCGUUCGAAACGUAUAGGAUGAGCUGGAGAAACUUUUAGGAGCUGAAAACGCGUUGAAAACGCGU